AAAAGAUCGCGACUUAUUUUGGAAGCUGUUCUAACAACCGCAUUCUUGAUUUUCUAUUCUAAAAUAAGCGGGCAUAAAUUGUUUUGUUUUUUUCGAGCGAAAAAGCGACAUGGCGGAAUUCCAAAUCUCUGACCACGCACAUUCUACAAUCAUCGCUCUCCAAAAUAUCAUCUACAAAAAAAAAUUCGGAAUUUAUUAUAAAUUUAUCAGUAGAAAUAGUUUUAUUUUGUGUUCUGUGAUCGAAGAUUUAGUGUUGACAGUUCAAUUGACAUUGACGUUUGUUGUGAUUAUGGUUCCGUAAACAAAAAGAAGAAGCGCCAAUUGUUGUUUAGGUUUUUUCGAGUUAUUAAUAGAAAUUUCCGAUAAACCGUCAGGAAAAUGAGCACUUACAAAGUCGAAUUGUACAUUUACGAUUUAUCAAGAGGAAUCGCCUCCGCCCUUUCACCGAUGCUGCUCGGUAAGAAAAUCGACGGGAUAUGGCACACGAGCAUCGUCGUCUACGGCAGGGAGUACUUUUUCGGUUCCCGAGGCGUCGAAAGUUGCAAUCCGGGAUCAACCGCUUUGGGUGCUCCGAUACGAAUAGAGACAUUAGGCGAAACUGAAGUCACCUAUUCGAUAUUUAUCGAUUACUUGAAAGGCCUAUCGGAGAGUUCUUACUCGGGCGACAAGUACCACUUGUUGCGGCACAAUUGCAACAACUUUUCGGACGAGGUGGGGCGAUUCCUGUGCGGUUCGGGCGCCCCCCGGCACGUUCUCGAUCUACCCGAAGAGGUACUCAAUUCGACGUUGAACGCCGGCCUGUUGUCGUUGGUACAUCGAUUGGAGGACAGUGCUCGACCGUUGGUCGAAGAGGAGCGCCGAGGAGGGCCCCAAUCGGGCGUCAAAGAGCGUAAUAGUCCCGAUUACGAGCGGCUCAAUUCGCAAAUCGAGGAGGCCAGAUACGCCUCCUUCGUAUUAGAACAACGUCGCAAACGAAUCGACGGUAAAUUAGAGAAAAGCGAAAGGAAAAGGGAGAAAAAGCGCAAGAAAAUCUUGGAAAGCGGCGGAAUUUUGCCUCCCGAAUUGCGACCAGAAUACGCCCGACUCAAAAUGGCGGACGCCGAAACGGUGAACGGUCAAGCGCAAUUGACGAGCGACCAGGCGAUAGCGUUGGAAGAGGAACAAGAAAAAAGGGACGAGGAGGAGAAGAAAAAAGCACGGGAACCGCCGAUCGUUUUUAAAGAUUGCGUAGACGUAAAGAACGAAUUCGACGCCCUCGUAGCUCUAAUCGAUGGUAAAUUAACACCCGAAGAGCAAAGGGCCACCGAGGAAUUGCAACAGUACAUGAUUGGCGAGGAAGGUAGCUGGGCAUUGAGCGAUGGUUUUCUCGAUUUCGUCGGGCGAUUACUAAACGACGAUCAAUUCUCCGCCGAUGUGAGAGUGAAAACGUUCAAUAUUUUGGCGGCGGCCGCUCUAAAAGAUGACGUCAUCUUGGUGUUGCACCAAGAUCGAAAAGAUCACGUCCUGAUGAAUUACGCCUUCGAAAUCGAUCGAUUGAGCAUCGAAGAACAGGAGAGCAUAGCCCUAUUCAUGGCGAACAUGUUCGAAAAUCUGAGCUCCUCCGAAUGGCUGUUGUACAUAUCAGAAUGGACUUACAACAAUCGACAGACGAGCAAUAUUCGAGUAACGACGAAGGUGGCUGUGCAUUCGUUAUUGGCCGAUUCGACUGUUUUGAGAGAUAGAGGAACGGCAAUCGUGCAUAAUUUGGCCUGCAAGGAGGUAAAAACCGUGGUAUUCGACGACGUCGCCGUCGAAUUGACGAUGGCCCUUUUGCAAUUCUUCGACUCCCGUCCGCCCGAAGAGCAACUUUUUAGAGGUCUCAAAGCGCUCGCUCGAUUCGUGCGAGUCUCAGCCCAGGAAAUACCUCAAUUGGUGCGCAUGAUCGGUCCCGAUCCGAGGAGUUUCGCGGGCACCAGCGCCCGAGUGGACGCCGUCAUCGAGGAGAUGGCGCCCAAAUUGCGGUAGAAAAAUAAAAAUCCACCCCGUGGGUCGUUGUUAGAUAUGUAAUAAUUGGAAGAAAAUUAUUGGGUUUGUUCUCUCCAGCGGCAUGUUCUUUUUUUUUAGCAAGAACAUUUUUUUUAAAUCAUUGCGUAUGCUCACGAUGUUGCAAAACAUGCUGAUGGGAACAAACCUAUUAAGCGUGUAUCUCGUUUUAGCGCGCCCCCUACUGGCGCCCGGGAUAAGUAGACUAUACAGGGUGUUUCCAAAACGUCGUGUAGAUCCGAAAUAGAACACCCUGUAUAGUCUACUUACAAAUCUCGCCGGUUGUAGCGCUGUUAUCGAUACGUUAAUAGUGUAUAUAAAUAUGCGGUUUUAUUUUAUUUGUACUGUGAUUUUGUGCCUUACCGGUGUUUCUUUUUUUUUUUUGUUAUUUUUUUUU